CGGACGCGGACGCGGAUGGCAGAGAGUGCGACGGCCUCGAGCCGGAAAAAUCGGGGUGAGAUGCACCCUUACCGCUCUAGUCGCUCUCAAUCGGCUGCGGCGCUUCCACCUGGAAGCACGGCUGCUCCUCGUCGUCCAGUUUAUCGCAUCGUCGGCCACCGAUACGACGAUUCCCGAACGAUCGUCCGUCUACCAUCGAGCCUCGUCGCUUCCUGCAUAGGUUAGUCGACGAAAAGGGAAUCGAGGAAGCAGAGAGCGAGAAUGGGUGGCGGAGAAUGGAGCAGUUGGCUGCAAGGAUGUCGGGAAUCGCGGAGGCUGGUUCUCGUGAUCGUCGCCAUUGCUCUGCUCUUAGACAAUAUGCUUUUAACUACGGUCGUGCCCAUUAUACCGGAAUUUCUAUAUGACAUCAAGCAUCCUAACUCGACCCUGAGCCAGCAUCUCGAAUCUAGUGGCUCUGGAAGAACGACCGCUGCUCAGCUGGCUACCACGAUCAAACCUGCGAUCACUACAUCCGGUAGCCUAACCACCACACCGAAAUGUCCUUGCGCCCCGAACAGAUCGAACGAUGCUCAGCUGGAAUUUCUAUACCCAAGCACCCUGUCCACUAUCGACCUUCCCGAGAACUCGGGUGACAACGGUAGUUUAGCGGAGAUGAAGGAGAAGGAGCAGAGACAUCGCGAGUUGUUGGAGGAGACGGUGGCGGUUGGGAUAAUGUUCGCUUCGAAGGCUUUCGUGCAGCUCUUGGCCAAUCCCAUCGUUGGCCCUCUAACCCACAAAAUCGGCUACAGCAUCCCCAUGUUCACCGGAUUCAUCAUCAUGUUCCUCUCCACGCUGAUAUUCGCGUUCGGGCGAAGUUAUGGGAUUCUUUUCCUGGCGAGGGCCCUGCAAGGCAUUGGGUCAUCAUGCUCGAGCGUGUCAGGUAUGGGUAUGUUGGCCGAGAGAUAUCAAGACGAUAAAGAACGGGGAAACGCAAUGGGCAUCGCGCUGGGUGGUUUGGCCCUCGGGGUUCUGAUUGGGCCACCAUUUGGUGGGGUUAUGUACGAAUUCGUGGGAAAAUCGGCUCCGUUUCUGAUACUAUCGGCAUUGGCUCUUGGCGACGGAAUUCUACAACUUCUGGUGCUUCAACCGUCCGUCAUUUACACCGAGGCGGAUCCGCCAUCUUUAAAGGCACUGGUCACCGAUCCCUACAUCGUGCUGGCCGCUGGCGCUAUUACGUUCGCCAACAUGGGUAUCGCUAUGCUCGAGCCUAGUCUUCCGAUUUGGAUGAUGGACACGAUGGGUGCGAGCAGAUGGAAACAGGGUGCCACGUUUUUGCCAGCGAGCAUCAGUUAUCUGAUCGGUACCAAUCUUUUUGGACCCCUUGGGCACAGAAUGGGCAGAUGGUUAGCCUCCCUGAUCGGGCUUGUCGUCAUUGGCAUUUGUUUGAUGUGUAUACCGUUAGCCAGGAGUAUCGAUCACUUGAUAGUGCCUAACGCAGGUUUGGGAUUCGCUAUAGGCAUGGUGGACAGUUCCAUGAUGCCCGAAUUAGGGUACCUGGUGGACAUAAGGCACAGCGCCGUUUACGGAAGCGUUUACGCUAUAGGCGACGUUGCGUUCUGUUUAGGUUUCGCUAUCGGUCCUGCAUUGAGCGGUACAUUGGUCAACACUAUUGGCUUCGAAUGGAUGUUAUUUGGAAUCGCUAUUCUGAACUUUAUUUACGCUCCGCUGAUGUACUUCUUGAGAGCACCGCCCACGAAGGAAGAAAAGAAGUCGUUGAUAAUCGGCGAGAAAUCGUCUGUGCGCUACGUUACGUACCAGAACGAGGAAGAGGAACAGUAAAGGAAACCGCCCCCGCUUCCCGACCAUCAGUUUUCCCUACUUGGCAAUCUCAACACGAUGGAACAACGAGUUAAAUAUAAUUAGCAAUCUCCCACGCACCCUGUGUCACGACACGUUGUUUAUAGGUUAUCCGUACUUGUUUCCGUUGUUAUUAGCGAAACCGUAAGGCGAUAAAUCUCCGUGUUCGUUAACAUUAUUAUAUCGCGAGAUAUCGAACGCUCGACGAACACUAGACGUCGGCACGAACAGAUGAAACGAUCACGUGACUUUUUCUUUAUCCUCGACGGUCGAAUUACGCAUUAGCAAACGUGAUGUGCGAAAUGCCGCGUAAAAUUUCAUCGACCAUUGAAAACGUUCGAGCGGUAACGCCGAACGAUAAUAAAGUUUUCUUUAGCUAAUGGAAAUUGUACAUAUGUACGUGUAGCGGUAGAUCGAAAGAAUAAGUGUGUGCGUUCAACAGUCGUACGCGUCGACAAAAUGUUAUCGAGUAAGUGCAUAUUGGUA